UCAGACCACAACUUCCCCUCAUAGCUGUGAGGUGUGCAAUACCCGAGCCCUCACCAGAGCGCAGAGACGAGAGGAAAAACAUCAACAAGCUUCUGCCGCGAAGGAGCCCAGCCGUCCGAGUUAAACCUGUAGCACCAUGGGAGCGUGGGGCGGGAGUCAGCUGCUGGUAGCGGUACCUCUCUGGAUGUGUUUUGGCAGAGCUGCUGCAAUCACAGAACCAGAGAUCUGUUAUAUCCUGGAUGGCAUUCUCUUCCUGUACGGCAUCAUCCUGACUGCGCUCUACUGCAGAGUCAAGAUCUACAAUGCCAGAGAGGCCAAGGCAGGCAAAGGAAAGUCACAGCAGGCUGUCGAAGAGGGCAUAUAUACGGGUCUGACUCCUCAUGCACAAGACACAUACGAAACCAUCGGCACGAAGAAGUGAUCCUAUUUGGUUGCGAUGUUCUGUCUUUUCUUCUAAUUUAAACAUAACACAUCAUACUCAGCUUUUUUUACACCAGUGUCCAGUUCCCCAUUUUGCUUUUGUUGAAUUGAGUACAAACUGAGGAGGAAGAGACAGAAAAGAGAAGUGAAGCCCAGCAUGGGCAGCUCUCAGAAAGGCUCUUUAUCAGUGCUGUAUGAGAAACUCUUCCUGUUCUGAUGCGCAUAAACACAUUUUUAUCUUGAUAACUUCUCUCAUGCAGAUACAUUUAAAUGUUUGUGUAUAAAGAAGCUGCAAAAACAUCUUAUUACAUUAUGAGAUUAUACAUUUUAGAUAUUUUUGAGCUAAACAUGCUAUCUAACACCUGAUGAAAAGCUUCAUUCUUAUAUUUUUUAUAUAACUUUGACAGGCUUUGUUCCCUUUUUGUUCUAAUUUUUGCUCUCAUGGUUUAAUUUUUGCACAAGAUAAUUUAGGAGAUAAGGCCCAUAGGAAAGGCUAUUGGAGGAGAAAAAUCUAACAUACUUCAGCGUCACCAUUAUUGAGCAGUAGUUCCCUCACACCACUGGAUGGCAGUGAUCGCAUCUCCUUCUCCUGUCUAAAGUUGUUACUUAUAUGUACCAUAUUUGUUUUGUAUGCAUAUUGACAUUAAAAAACAUUUUAGAAAUAUGGCCUUCACUUAA